AUGCCCAAGCGAAAAACUAGAGCUAGUAGAUUCAAGUCGAAUGCCAUUUCAUCUGGAACCAGUAAAACGAAGAAAGAUGACAUUUCAAAAGUCAGCAAUAAGAAAAAAGUUGUCUUAACUACGAAUAGUAACCUUGCUUCAACUGCGA